CUCGACUUCUUUUCUCCAACGGCCACCUGAAGGUUACAUUCAUAGUAUGAUCUGAAAUCAAACAAGGGUCUUUUUCAAUCAGGCGACUCAAAUUGAACAUGCGACGAUCAAGAUGGCAUCGAAAUGUGGCGUCUGCCUCGACAAGGACUCGAAAUACAAAUGCCCCGUCUGCGAGCUGAGAUAUUGCUCCCUGGCAUGUUAUAAAACUCAUAAAUCAACCCAUGAGAACGACAAUGCUGGCGAAGAGGGCCCUGAAAAGAAAUUGCCAACACUUCGAGAUCGCCCAGGAACGACUCAGCGAGCGCCGAAAGUUGACUUCACGAAUUUCGAGGCCGACAAGGACUUCCAAAGGCUACUCGCCCGCUAUCCGCUUCUCAAGGUUCAACUGCAGACCAUCUACGGACUCACAUUGGAGCCUGGACCAGACGAAGCUCGUUCGUGGAAUAGACGGCCGCUGCCUGGUUUUGCGCCUCCGAGCUUCAUUGCGCGCGGAGGGCGAGGACGUGGCAGAGGGACCGGUAGACGUGGGAUGAAUGAUCGAGGUGGCAGAGGUGGCUACGACAAUGCAUCCGAAGAACGAGAGCGUGGUCCUUGGACGCAGGCGAAAGGAGACAAGGAGGCUGUUGGUGUGCUGGCGAAGAUGCGGACGGGGAACGUGGGCGGCGAGGAUGUGGCGGAAGGCAUGAAGGAGUUCAUUCAAUUGUGCCCCACCGCCUACCUAACAGGCCACAACAGCAAAGGCGAAGCCGUAGUCCACUCCGCCCGACCCGUAGAAUGGGAAACCUUCGACAACAACCAAAUGGCCAUGCGCGUAGCCUACACCACCAGCUUCCCGCCCGACCUGAACAACGACGCCGACGUCGCCGCCCACGAAGACAAGCUCGCCUCGGGCAAACUCGGCCUUGUCACGGCUGGCGGCACCGUGCUGCGGUACGUCGACAUGGCGCCCGAGUAUGAGUGCAUGAUGCAUCGCACGCAGAGCGUGGAUUACGGCAUUGUGCUCGAGGGGAGCGUGGAGAGUAUUCUGGAUUCCGGGGAGAGGCAGUUGCUGCAGCGCGGGGAUGUCAUGGUGCAGAGGGCUACGAUGCAUGCUUGGAGAAAUCCGAGUAAGACCGAGUGGUCGCGGAUGAUUUUUGUGCUGCAGGACUGCAAGCCGCUGUUUGUUGGCGGGCAGCGCUUGGGCGAGGAUCUUGGGCCAGGCAAGGAUUUGUUGCCGCCGAGUGGGAAUGAUCAAUAAGAACGCAA